CCACUAUAUACUGAGCCAAAAACCUAAGUUGAAGAUCAGAUAGAUCAAAAUACUUUCUUUUUGAUGGGUUCAGCAAAGGGAUUCGGCAAUGAUGAUAUCCAGACAAGGAGCUAUUGGAGAUGGAGCAAGCAAGAUUUCUUUCCUGAACAAUCCUUUCAAAACUGGAACACCUAUAAAUCAGCACUCUCACAAACAUGCUUUCGGUUCAAGGACCGACUUAUCAGCCGAUCUGAAGAUGCCAAUGAGAUCGGGGAGCUCCGGAAACAAAGCGAGAAUGACAUGAAAAGGUGCCUCAACUGGUGGGAUCUCACAUGGUUUGGGUUUGGUUCUGUCAUUGGUGCUGGUAUCUUUGUCCUUACAGGGCAAGAAGCCCAUAAUCAUGCAGGCCCUGCCAUAGUACUGUCAUAUGUUGCUUCAGGUCUUUCAGCAAUGCUCUCUGUCUUCUGCUACACAGAAUUUGCAAUAGAAAUUCCGGUAGCCGGGGGAUCAUUUGCUUAUCUGAGAGUGGAAUUAGGAGAUUUUUUUGCUUUCAUAACUGCAGGAAACAUACUCCUGGAGAGCAUUGUUGGUGGUGCAGCUGUAGCCAGGUCUUGGACUUCUUAUUUUGCAACACUUCUGAACCGUCCCCCCAACUCAUUACGUAUACAAGCACCUCAUCUAGCAAAUAAUUUCAACCUCUUGGACCCAAUUGCAGUAGUAGUUCUGAUGAUCUCCGCAACACUUGCAAUGACAAGCACUAGGAAGACAUCAUACUUCAAUUGGGUUGCAUCAGCAAUAAACACAGUGGUGAUACUCUUUGUGAUAAUUGCAGGAUUUAUUCAUGCCAACUCUUCCAACUUGACACCCUUCUUCCCUUAUGGGGCAAAAGGAGUCUUCCAAGCAGCUGCAAUCGUGUAUUUUGCCUAUGGCGGAUUUGAUAACAUUGCCACCAUGGCCGAAGAAACCAAAAACCCGUCAAGAGAUAUUCCACUGGGUUUGCUCGGAUCAAUGUCAAUAAUCACAGUAAUUUACUGCUUGAUGGCCCUGUCACUGAGUAUGAUGCAGAAGUAUACAGAGAUAGACACAAAUGCAGCCUACUCUGUUGCAUUUCAGAGUGUGGGGAUGAAAUGGGCAAAGUAUUUUGUUGCUCUUGGUGCACUUAAGGGAAUGACUACUGUUUUAUUGGUGGGAGCACUUGGCCAGGCACGCUAUACUACUCACAUUGCAAGGGCUCACAUGAUCCCACCAUGGUUUGCUCUCGUCCACCCAAAAACAGGUACACCCAUCAAUGCUACUCUCUUGAUCACCAUUUUAAGUGCCUGUAUUGCUUUGUUUUCCGGCUUGGAUGUCCUGUCGGGCUUGUUAUCCAUCAGUACACUCUUUGUUUUUGCGAUGAUGGCAAUCGCACUCUUAGUGAGGAGAUACCAUGCGAGAGGAAUUACUCCUCAAAGAAACCUCAUCAAGCUGGUAGCUUUUCUGUUAAUCAUUAUUGCUUCCUCAAUGGGUACUUCAGCUUAUUGGGGCUUAAGGCCUAAUGGUUGGUUUGGUUACACCAUAACUGUUCCAUUCUGGUUUUUUGGGACGAUGGGGAUUCAAUUGUUUGUGCCUCAGCAGAGGACUCCCAAAGUCUGGGGAGUUCCUCUUGUUCCUUGGCUGCCAUCCUUGUCGAUAGCAACGAACCUGUUCCUGAUGGGUUCUCUCGGUGUCCAGGCUUUUGUGAGGUUCGGUAUCUGUACAAUCAUAAUGCUGGUUUACUAUGUGUUUAUUGGUGUCCAUGCAACUUAUGACAUGGCUCAUCAAAUGACAAGCUCAGAUCCAACAAAGGUUGUGGAAGAUAACAAGGAAGGAAAUGAGGGAGCUUAAUAGAAGAAGAAUCUUGAAAUUCUAUCCACCCACCUUCAUUUACUGUGUCUCACAGCAAUGAUUUCAACUAGCAUGUCGGAAGAUGAUACAGUAUUAUAAUGUAUGUAUCAAAACAGAAUUUCUCUUGUAGUUCUGAUAAUAGCUAGAAUAAGCCAUUUUAACAAAAUGAAGUUUCAUGUUUGGAAA